GGUGUGUUGAUCUUUUUUUGACUCAAUGAUGCGUUGAUCUAAAAUAUAAAGAAAUUUGUCUCUCACCAUUUUCUUCCAUAACACAAUUAGAGAGGAAAAUCAAUUUGCAAUUUUUUUUUCUAAACUUCAAGGCUCCUCGAGUUUUUGACUCAUACUUCUCCUCGAAAAGUGUUCGUGAUAUUCUUAUAAAUGAUGCUAUCAAAACCUUAAAAUAGUUUUGUAGUUUUGUUUUUUCUUUCAUUUUCAUCUUACGUUGCCUUUGGAAUCCAUCUUCUGCAGAGUUAAACCGUUGAAAAAAAAUCACAGAACCUCAACUCCACACGCACAUCCACCCUGUUUCACGCCACAAACGUUGUUGUUAGAAAUUUCCUUAUUUAACCUUUUAUUAAUCCUCAACACAAAGUCACAAAAACUCUCUUCUCUUUCCUUUUCUCGUCUUCUCUUGCUGACUGUUUGGUAUUAAUCAUGUGACCAUGUCUCUCUUCUUAAACCGUCAACCUCCACGUGCUUUGAAACUCUGAAAAACUGAAACCAAACAUAAACACAACACUCACUCACAACUGUUACUACUUUCUCUGUCAUGUGAUCAUGUCUAAUAAUCAUCUUUCCAAUGGUGAAUCAGAGCAUCUUAUUCGCCAACCCUUAUUAUCUUCUCAAAGAUCCAUUAUCAACUCCACUUCUCAAGUUGCAAUUGUUGGUGCCAAUGUCUGUCCAAUUGAGAGUCUUGAUUAUGAGAUUUUUGAGAAUGAAUUCUUUAAGCAGGAUUGGAGAAGCAGAGGGGUUUAUCAGAUUUUUCAGUAUAUAUGUAUGAAAUGGUUUUUGUGUUUAAUGAUCGGCAUGAUUGUUGGUUUUAUUGGAUUUUGUAACAAUCUUGCUGUUGAAAAUCUUGCUGGCAUCAAGUUUGUUAUCACAUCCAAUAUGAUGUUGGAAAGAAGGUUCCUGCUUGCCUUUGUUAUAUUCUUUGCUUCAAAUUUGAUUCUCACGCUUUUUGCGUGUAUAAUAACGGCUUUUAUAGCACCUGCUGCUGCCGGUUCAGGAAUAUCAGAGGUGAAGGCUUACCUAAAUGGCGUUGAUGCGCCUGGAAUAUUUACUGUACCAACUCUUUUUGUUAAGAUUAUUGGAAGCAUUACGGCAGUGUCAUCAUCUCUUGUUGUUGGGAAGGCAGGGCCUAUGGUGCAUACAGGUGCAUGUGUGGCAGCAUUGUUGGGUCAAGGAGGUUCCAAAAGAUUUGGAAUAACAUGGAGAUGGUUACGGUUUUUUAAGAAUGACCGUGAUCGACGAGAUCUAAUAAUAUGUGGAUCAGCAGCUGGAAUUGCUGCCGCUUUUCGUGCCCCUGUUGGCGGCGUCUUGUUUGCUCUUGAAGAGAUGGCAUCUUGGUGGAGAACUGCUCUUCUAUGGAGAGCUUUCUUUACCACAGCAACAGUAGCAAUUUUCCUUCGAGCCAUGAUUGAUGUAUGUCUAAGUGGCAAAUGUGGGCUAUUCGGUAAAGGGGGACUGAUAAUGUUUAAUGCUUAUUCAGCAAGUAUUUCGUACCAUUUGAGAGAUGUUCCUCCUGUGUUUAUUCUUGCUGUUGUAGGAGGGUUACUCGGAAGCUUAUUUAAUUUUAUGACGAAUAAAGUUCUUCGCAUGUACAACGUUAUCAAUGAGAAAGGCACCAUUUACAAACUUUUGCUUGCUUGUUUAAUCUCCAUUUUUACAUCAUGUCUUCUUUUUGGAUUGCCAUUCUUUGCAUCUUGCCGACUCUGUCCUCUUGAUGCAGUUGAGCCUUGUCCAACAAUAGGUCGAUCCGGUAUCUACAAGAAAUUCCAGUGCCCUCCUAAUCACUAUAACGGUCUUGCCAGCCUCAUUUUUAAUACAAACGAUGAUGCUAUCAAAAACCUAUUUAGCAUGAACACCGACAAUGAGUUCGAGUUUUCAUCGAUGUUGAUUUUUUUCUUCAUAUGUCUCUUUUUAACUAUCUUUAGCUGCGGAAUUGUUGCCCCUGCCGGUCUUUUUGUGCCAAUUAUCGUGACUGGUGCAUCGUAUGGACGCAUGGUUGGAAUAUUGGUUGGAACGCAGUCCAAUCUUAGCCAUGGCCUUUAUGCUGUACUCGGCGCUGCUUCUCUUCUUGGCGGAUCUAUGAGGACAACGGUUUCUCUGUGUGUAAUUAUCCUAGAAUUGACCAAUAACUUGUUACUGCUGCCCCUAAUAAUGAUGGUGCUUUUGGUGUCUAAAAGUGUAGCAAAUGUUUUCAAUUGUAAUGUAUAUGACCUUAUAAUGAAAGCCAAAGGUUUGCCUUAUUUAGAAACUCAUGCUGAACCAUAUAUGAGGCAGCUAACAGUAGGCGAUGUAGUCACAGGUCCGCUUCAGAUGUUUAACGGUAUCGAGAAAGUUCGCAACAUUGUUUUUGUCCUCAGAACAACAACGCACAAUGGAUUUCCAAUUAUCGACGAGCCUCCACAUUCGGAAACUCCGGUUUUAUUCGGUAUAAUACUUCGCGACCACCUUAUCACAUUGUUAAAGAAGAAAGCUUUCUUGCCUUCACCUAUGGCAAAUAGUUAUGAUAUAUUAAGACAGUUUUCAGCAGAUGAUUUUGCAAAGAAGGGUUCAAUCGAACGUGUAAAAAUUGAGGAUGUACAGUUAACAGAGGAAGAGAUGGGAAUGUACAUUGAUCUACAUCCUUUUACUAAUGCUUCGCCUUACACUGUUGUGGAAACAAUGUCACUGGCGAAGGCACUUAUACUUUUUCGAGAAGUCGGUUUAAGACACUUGCUUGUGAUACCCAAGAUCCCCGGUAGAUCGCCCGUGGUAGGUAUAUUGACGCGGCAUGAUUUCACGCCAGAACAUAUAUUGGGUAUGCAUCCUUUUUUGGUCAGAAGCAGAUGGAAAAGAUUAAGAUUUUGGCAAACUUUUCUUGAAAAAAUUCUUUCGGGACUUUGAGCAAGGCCACCGAGCUUAAUUAAGAUUUUACACAUUCAUGAGUUGAGACCAACCAGUGAUGAUGGUGGUUUGUUUGAUGGAAUCCAAAGGUAUAGUUAUUAGAGUUACACAAUGAGCUCUUGUAAAUUAUUGCUGCACAUUGUUAAGGUCAUUAUACCAAAUAUACCUAUGAAAACAAAUAGAAUAAAGUGAAAUGAUAUUAGAAUUUAUUGUUUUAUUUGUUAAAAUUAAUAUAAAAAUGUUGACUUUUUUUUUAUUUCUAAGUGGGUAGGAAUAUGAUGAGUUGAUUUUUUUAUCUAAAAAUGAAAAACAUCUAAAUGAAAAAAUAGAUUUUAAUAUUGUGUUA